GGGUUUUACUUGGGAAAGAAUGGAUCCCAAAUCCAGUGAUGUCGAUACGAUUGAGCCGGAGGUGAUGGAUGCAUCUUGCUCGGAUCUCUCUUCGUCUUGUGGAAAACGCAAGGCCGAAACGAUUUCACCGGAUGAAGGAUGCGAGGAAGAGGAGAGAGACAGUGAAAGCGACGACCAGGUUUGGGGUUUCGAUAGUUUCGAAGGAUCAGACUACGAGUCACCUGAUGAGCCUCCCGAGGAUAAAGAGGAAUUGGAAUUUCGUCGAUACGCGCGCCAUUACCACGAGAGCCAGGGUUUCAAGGUGGAUAAAGAUAAGUUUCCUAAACAUCUUACUCACGGAUUACGCGGUCUCGAUCUGGAUGCCCUCUUCUUCAAGCCAAACGUGACGGGGCGUGAGUACAUGGAGAUUAUGGCCAAUGUGGCUAUUGACAAAUACAACCAAGUAGAGAAUAAGACGGUUACGCUUGAUCAUAUAGUGAGGGUCGUGGUGCAAAUGAGCUAUGGAAUCAAAGGUUAUAUUACUUUCAUGGCAAAGGAGUCUCCUCAUGGAGAGCUUGUGGAGUAUCAAGCUAAGGCUGAGCGCAAGGCAUGGCAAAGAAACAUUCAUCCCAUCUUUUGCAGACCAGCUCCCUCUUAAUUUUAAGGAUUGAUCAUACACCCUAGAUCUUGAGACCUUUAUCUGGUUUUUAACUCAAUAGAAA